AUGACAGCCAAAACCCGCUCACAUUGGAAGGAAUAUGGAACAGCACUUUGUGCUACACUCAUCACCGCAACCGCGGGUACCUGCUACGGGUGGCCAUCUCCCACAUUACCCUAUCUCCAGUCACCGGAGAGCAAAAUCCCUACUUCACCUGAUCAGGGAUCAUGGAUAGUCUCAAUAAUGAUCCUGUGCUCCGCGCUGACGCCUGUUCCCGCUGCUUAUUUUGCCGACCGGUUCGGUAGAAAGACCACCUUACUCCUUGGAGCUGUACCAUUCAUCAUCGGCUGGGUGCUAGUCAUCGUAGCCAACUCUGUGUCCCUCCUCUACGUGGCACGGAUGUUCUCAGGACUGGGCUACGGGAUAGUCUACACAGUUGCUCCCAUGUACACAGGAGAAAUCGCUACCAAUCAAGUGCGAGGGGCCCUCUCUACUCUUAUCACCUUGAUGAACAAAGUCGGAAUUCUUGCCCAAUACUGCAUCGGCCCGUUCGUGUCUAUGCAAACCCUUGCCGCCAUCAACUUGAUCCUGCCUGUCUCAUUUGUCAUCUCGUUCAUUUUUCUACCAGAAUCUCCUUAUUACUAUUUAAAAUUUGAGCGGAGUGCGAGAGCAGAAAGCGCCCUGAUGUGUCUACGUAGUGGUGACAUUAGAACAGAGCUCAAGAGUAUAGAACUCAACGUUCAAGAAGACAUGAAGAACCGGGGGACAUGGGCGGAUCUGGUCACAGAAGCUACCAACAGGAAAGCAAUGUGGAUAACACUUGGCAUUUUCACCAUACAACAGCUGUGUGGCAGUGCUGCAGUUGUGGCGUACGCUCAGGUCAUAUUCAACUGCACGACCAGCCCAGUUGGAACAAAUCUAACAGCUGGGCUAGAGAAUACAACUGUUGCUUCUUCCAGCAUACAACCCUACCAAGAGUCUAUAAUUCUGGGUUGCGUACAAGUGGCCACCUGUGUCCUAUCCGUCAUACUCGUCGACCGCGUUGGAAGGAAGCCUCUUCUCUUGCUAUCGGCUCUUGGAGUUGGUCUCAUGAAUGGCACCAUUGGAACUUACUUUUACUUCGACCACUCCAACGCUGGGUCAGUGGCACACCUGCACUGGUUGCCUCUAGCCGCUCUUCUUGUUUACAUCGUAUGCUAUGCCAUUGGACUGUCAACGGUCCCCUAUGUCAUCAUUGGCGAAAUGUUCCCCACAAAUGUUAAGCUUUACGCGUCAUGUAUCGCCCAUAUCUACACUGGAGUCUCCAUGUUUGCUGUCCAAAAACUGUUCCAGGUGGUGAAAGACGCCUAUGAGAUCUACACAGUAUUCUGGGGAUUCGCAACGUUCUCGCUGCUGGGCCUGGUGUUCAUGCUCGUCAUGUUGCCGGAGACGAAGGGCAAGUCGUUCGCGUCCAUCCAGGCGCAGUUGAAGCGGGAGGUGGCACGCGACAACGCUAAGAAACUGGCCACCGUCGAAUACUGA